AAAAAUCCGAGAAACCGUCUUUGCUCGAUCAUCCAACGUUCGUAACUGCUUGUCACUCUGUCGCUCUCGUACAUCACAGCCCAACGACACAACUAUCCGCACCCGCAUCUGCAGGGCCGGUUUCAAAGCAUUAUUAGCUUAACUUAGACAUUGUUUGCCUCGGUCACCCACUUCGACACAAUACGCAAUGCCGGGCGACGAGGUCAAGCCUGCUGGGAGCACUUCCCCUGUUGCCCGGGACAAGCUCGAGGCUCAGAUCAAGAGCGCUGAUAUGACCGAUGACAUGCAACAAGAAGUCAUCGAAGUGGCCCAGGAAGCGAUGGUAAAGUUCACCAUUGAAAAGGACAUUGCCCAACAUAUCAAGAAGACCCUCGACGACAGGAAGGGUCCUACAUGGCACUGCAUUGUUGGCCGUAACUUCGGCAGCUUUGUAACCCACGAGACGAAGCACUUCAUCUACUUCUACCUCGGCCACUGCGCGAUCCUGCUAUUCAAGACCCAGUAGGGAAGCGGCCUCCGCCGUUUUCUCUCGCGGCUGUGAAAAUCUCCCCUCGAGGAAGGGUCACCACAGUCUGACGACCUGAUUUUACCCAGCGAGCCAACAACCCCGAGAAAAAGAAAACGGACGGAGGAGGAAGAGGAUUGU